AUGUCACUCAUUCUCCUCGAUGAAGCUAACAAACAUCUUGUUCUUGAUGCAGCUAGCGUGUGUCAAAGCUCUGGUGGAUAUACCUUGCGAAACCUUGCAACCCAAGGCCAUCGCCUCGAUAACAUUAAGAUGUUACAACAUGCUGUGCCCGGGGGGCUAUCUACCUUCAUAUACUUUGCGCUCUCGGCAAUCCCGGUACUCUCUAUACCUUUGGCAAAGAAUCCCUUCCCAAAGUCCGAUUAUCCGAUUAUCACGAGCGACGCCUUAAGCGAGGGCUUCAUCACGAGUGAUAUUUCACUUCCCUUCGAGAGUCCUGCAGUGGCAAGCGACUUUUUGAAUGAGAACACUACUACGAGUGAGAUUGCAUUCACCGACAGCGCUCCGAUAACGAGUGUCUUCAUUGAUAUCUCAAGCAAGGAUUACACUGCACCUACGAGCAUAGAUAUCCCUGCGGUGAUCACGGGAUCAAUUUCGGGUGAGGAGUCUGCAUCAGCUUAUAUCGUGUCCUCGUACAUCAGCAGUUUAUCUGCCCAAAUCGAUACACCACCCCCAGUUGUCUCAUUUCCGAAAAAUUCUAAGGGGAUCUACGACAUCACGAGUAAAUAUUAUGACUAUGUACCGGUUGAGAGCUAUAGCGAGGACUGCACCACUACAUCAACUAUAGUCCCCGAUAGCACUACUAAAACCUACGAGACCACGUCUACGGAUAACACCAUAGUGACUGAUACCUAUAAGGUCACACGCACAGAUGUUCAUAACAGCUAUGUGACAGACACCGAUACUGUUUCUGUAACGGAUGUCACAACUAUUACUGCUAUUGAUAACAUUGUUGUCACACGUACAACAGUAGUUACAGAGACUGAUAGUGUCACUGUCACAGUGACAAACAGCAUUACGGACAUCUUUAGGGUCUACGUAACCUAUAGCACUAUGGUCACAUAUAGUACAAUGAUCACGGACAGCACCACAAUCACCGAUGGCACCACAAUCACAGAUAGUACUACAAUCACAGACGGUACCACAAUUAUAGACAGUAUCACGCUCACCGAUGGCACCACAAUCACAGACAGCACCAUGAUAACACACGGCACCACCAUUACUGACAGCACCCUGAUUAUCGACGGCACCACAAUCACCGAUAGCACAAUGAUCACGGAUAGCUUCACAGUCACAGACAGCAUCACCCUCACUGAUAGCACAGUGAUCACGAACAUCAUAAUAAUUUCGGAUAGCACAAUGGUCACAGAUAGCACAAUGGUCACAGAUAGUACCACGGUCACGGAUAGUAUAACGCUCACAGAUAGUGUAACGCUCACUGACAGCGUAACGCUUACGGAUAGCGUAACACUUACAGAUAGCGUAACACUUACAGAUAGCGUAACGUUCACAGACAGCAUAACGUUCACAGACAGCAUAACGCUCACAGACAGCGUAACGCUCACAGAUAGCGUAACGCUCACAGACAGUGUAACGCUCACAGACAGUGUAACAGUCACAGACAGUACAAUAGUCACCGAGAGUACGAUGGUGACAGAUAGCACCGUUGUCACUGAUAAUGCGUUCAUUACAUACAGUACAAUGAUCACGGAUAGCACGAUGAUAACCGAUAGCACCAUCCUCACCGAUAGUACAAUGGUCACUGAGAGCACGAUGGUCACUGAGAGCACGAUGGUCACUAAGAGCACAAUGGUCACUGAGAGCACAAUGGUCACCGAGAGCACAAUGGUCACAGACAGUACGAUGGUUACCGAUAGCACGAUGGUUACCGAUAGCACGAUGGUUACCGAUAGCACGAUGGUUACCGAUAGCACAAUGGUCACAGACAGUACCAUUAUCACUGAUAGCACAGUGCUCUUACAAAGUAUGGUAACCACCGAAGCCACCACUAUCACAGCGACAGACAGCAUUACAGCUACGGAUAGUGUAACAGAAACAGAGAGUACAAUGGAAACAUAUACAACAAUUGUUACAGAAACAAUCACCAAUAGCGUCCCAAUCUUGAGCGUUACUGUAACAGAAAGCGCGACAAUCACAAGUUUUGUAACACUUACUGAGAGCACCUCAGUUCCAGCAAGUACACUCACGAAUAGUAUCAUUGCUUUUAUAACCGUUACACCAACCACUGAACCAAGUCGUUCUUUGGACGCCAACCCAAGCAACGGCGGAACAGAUCCCGGUAGCUCACCUCCUGGUACUGACGCCGCUGAAUGUCCAUCGCCUUCACCUACAGUUCCAGCUGAAUUCAAUGGUGGAUUCAUGCCAGAACCUCGGGGGCGUGGUACUGUCGGUGUGAUAUUGAGCUCCGUUGCGACCACUCUCCUCUGUCUAUGGAUUUCAGUACAUCCCAACAUUCUCGCCAACUCGAACCCUGUUGCUCAAACAAAGUAUAACCUAUCCUGGAUGGCGCUUUCUCUGCUUUUCCCUGAGAUUAUGAUGCUGUGUUCUUUUGGCCAGUGGCGCAAAGCGAGAAGGCUUCAGGCCAUGUGGGUUGAGAGAUUUCCAGUAACAAAAGAGUGUCCGGAUUCUCUCGGGAUGGAAGGUGCAUUUUUUGUGUUGGCGGGAGGCUUCCUUGUGAAGGAAGGGGAGGGUUAUAAGACCGUCUUGACACCUCUAGGCUUCGAGCAUUAUGUCCGUUCUGGACAGAUUGACGCAAAAUCUUUCGACAGACGACAAAUCACCGAUAAAGGGAAGGCAAGCUCCAUGGCUAAGGCCUUGGUCCUCUGCCAGGCUACAUGGUUUCUUUACCAGUGUAUUAGGCGUGGGUCUGAGGGGCUGCCAAUCACUAUCCUCGAGGUCCAUAUCAUAACGCAAGUCUUGUUUAUGUUCGUACUUUACUUCUUCUGGUGGCAGAAACCUCUUAGUGUGGCCGAGCCUUUGCCGAUCAUUAUAUAUCCGCUGCCGGGGGAUCAAGCAUCUCUAGGCAGUAACAGCGAGCCGAGGGCAAUUGCUAUGGGCCCACCAGAUUCGCCUCAUGAUAAUGAUAGAAAUGCGCUUGUUCCGGAGGAUCAGCCUAUCGAGGAAGCACCGGAACUCGAAGAAACCAGACAAUACAAUUCUUUCUCAAGAUCUUACCAGAUGACUGAACGAGCCCGCUCAGGAAUUCCAAACUUGGUACUCAAAGUUGUAUACGAUGUCAGCGAAUAUAUCGUUAUCCGCGACAAAAACCGCGGUUUUCUCUACAAAGGCAAGUACAAUGAGAAAGGCAAAGGCAGAGCCGCAGCCACCGGUGGUGUUAUGGGGGGGCAGGAAGGCGGUCGUGAGGGCGAGGGUGCAGGUGCAGGCGAGCAUGCGGGUGCGGGUGAGGGUGAAUCGCGUGCAGGUACCCCUGGAAACAAUGGCGGCGAAAAUACAGAAGGAAUGGACGAUGACAACUUGGGCAAGAGCGCGCGGGACAUGUUUAUUAUCGGAAUCUUCCUGGCCUCCAACGGCGCGAUGCACAUCCCAGCAUGGGACAUCCGUUUCCCCACCGAAAUCGAAGCCUGGCUAUGGCGCGCCGCAUGUAUCACCAUCAUUGUCACCGCCGUCAUCUUUACUUGUAUGGUAGCCGCCACAAACUACGACAAGCGGUUCCUUCGUGCAAUGUGGGAGACACGGUUCUACGACCAGAGCGUGUUUCGUAGAAUGUUUCUCCGAAUCCACGCCGGGAGAGGUGACAUCGCCCGGGAAUGGCAGCAGAAGAAGAUUGCGGAGAAUCACGGGCCAGUGAAAAGAAUAUUGAGUUGGCCGUUGUACUUGUUGGAGAGGAUGCUGUUUGAGAUCUUCUGGAUCUUGAUCUUUGUCUAUCUGCUGUGCACAGUGUUCUUGUUGGUGGAAGCAUUUAUAAGUAUGAGACAUGUGCCGAGGAAGACGUAUGUGACGACAAGAGAUACGGAUGGCGGGUACUGGCCACAUUUUGUUUAA